AUGCGUCUGCAUCAUGUCGUGCUGGCAACGGCCCUCGCUCUGUCGAUGAGUAGCGACCUCGACGUCUUUGCUGGCACUUUGGACACGAUCGGUGCUAAAAGUGUGCAAGAAGAAGACGAAGAUGGGGACAGCGGUGACGCCAUCGACACGAGUGACUUGUUGGGCUUAAGUGACAAAGACACUGGGUCUGGUGAUAUCAGUGGCGGCAGUGAAUUGGAAGAUCUACUGGACAUGAGUGGAAGUGACGGGUUUGCUGCCUUGAUUGAGUCAUUGGGCGGCUUUGGAAUGACUGGGUCAACGAGCGGCAGCGCAGCCGACGGCAUGUCAGCGUCGGGCUCGAGUGGUUCAGCCAGUGAUUCAUCUAACGAUGACGACGACAGCGGUACAAGCGACUUGUUGGACUCAAGUGAGGGGGACAGUGGGUCCGAUGAUUCGUCCGGCUCAGGUGAGGAAAAGAGUGGGUCCGACGAAGUGAGCGGCGGUAGUGAACUGGACGACCUACUGGACAUGGGUGGAAGCGACGGGUUCGCUGCCUUGCUUAAAUCACUCAGCGGCCUUGGAACCAUUGGGUCAACGAGCGGUCUCGAAACCGAAGACAUGUCAGCGUCGGGUUCGAGUGGUUCAGCCAGUGAUACAUCUAGUGAUGACGACGACAGCGGCACAAGCGACUUGUUGGACUCAAGUGAAGGUGACAGCGGGUCCGAUGAUUCGUCCGGCUCAGGUGAGGAAGAGAGUGGGUCCGACGAAAUGAGCGGUGGCAGUGAACUGGACGACCUACUGGACAUGAGCGGAAGCGACGGGUUCGUUGCCUUGCUUAAAUCACUUGGCGACUUUGGAUUAAGUGGGGAAUCAAGCGGCAGCAGCGAAACGGAUGAUGAGACGAAAGAGGCGGCUUCAGCGGGUAGUGGAAUGGACCUGAGUGCUUUGUUGUCGGAUCUUGGAGGAGCAGGUGGCGAAGAUGGCGGCUUGGCUGGUUUACUGAAUCCGACUGGUCCAGUUUCAGCAGUCGGAAGCGAUUCGACCGGCGAGGAUGGCAGCUUCGAAGCUACACCAAUGCCGGGGGCUAAUGGCACCGGCAGACCUUCGUGUGACACCUGGUAUCGCCCGUUCACGUCGUGGGCUGGCAAUCUUAUUCAUAAGAGUUCGAUGAACGAUUGUCCUGAAAAGCGCAGACUCCGUGCGGACUAG